AUGUCCACACCUUCAAAGCCAGUCAAUAUCGUCAGUCCUCGCCAGAACAAUGCAGAGCUUGCGGGCACACCCCCGACUACGCGUGCCAUCUCUGGCUCCCCCAAUCCUCGCGUCCUCCGAGCUCAGUAUGCCGGCACCCCACCGCCGCCUAAUAUUCCUCGACGUGGAACACCCAUAGGCACUCCCAGUGUAGCGGGUAGCUCGCCAAUGCUCAUGCCCGCUCCAUUGGCAGGAGCGGGAGAGCCAUCUUCUAUGGUCUCUAUAGGCGGUAUCAGUGCGCGACGACCUUCGGGUGCAGGCACACCCGGGAGUGAGGUCAAUGGGCUCGAUGACCUCACUGACGAGGAGAAAGCCCGGAUACUGAGACGGCAUCUUGUUUCGCGUCAAGAUCGUGGCGGCCCAGCAGGACAAUCGUCUCGCGCGUCCGUGAGCGGAGGCUCAGAUAACGGUGCAGUGUCGAAACGGUCGUCAACGUCGCACUUGCGAGCACAACGAGAAGAAUCCGAAACCUUUCCCGUACCGUAUCAUGCACCAGGGGCUGACGUGACUCACAGCAUCUACAAGUGGCAAGCAGACAAGCGUCGGCAAGCCGCACGUCCCCGCUCUGCGUCCUUCGCUGGCUCGACACGGUCCUCGGACCCUGCGUUCCAGCACAUCCACGAGCCGGGAGGUUUCCGCAGGAACUACCUGCUCAUGCGGCGCGGCGAAGAGGGUACUUCGGAUUUGCCGCACGUCCCGCGCAACUUCAUCGAGUUCCUCUAUCUCUUUGGACAUUUCGCCGGAGAAGACCUCGAGGAAAUCGAAGAGGAGGACGAGUACCGAUGGGAUGACAUGGAAGCCCAGGUCGAGACGCCGUCGCUCGCGGAGAGGGACCUCGCGGUAACCGCCCCCCUUUCCAUUGGUCUGCCGCCGGAAACAAGUACGGACCUUCACAAGGCGAGCGAACGUUCGCCAUUGCUUCCCCGUUCACGUUCGAGGAGAGCGAGGUCCGGCAGUGUGGGCCCGCACGGAGAUGCGACGGUGACGCAAGCUGUGCUCAUGUUGCUGAAGUCCUUUGUUGGUACCGGUAUUCUGUUCUUGGGCAAGGCUUUCUUCAAUGGCGGUAUCAUAUUCUCGAGCGUCGUCCUCACUUUCAUUGCUUUGAUCUCGUUGUACUCGUUCUUGCUGCUCGUGAAGACGAAGUUUGUGGUAUCAGGCAGUUUCGGUGACAUCGGUGGAACGCUUUACGGCCCCUGGAUGCGCUACGCCAUCCUCGCCUCGAUCACCAUCUCGCAGCUCGGCUUCGUCUCCGCGUACAUCAUUUUCGUCUCGGAGAACCUGCAGGCAUUCGUGCUCGCGAUCACGAACUGCGCGAAGCUCCUUGGCAUCCAGUACUUCAUCCUGCUGCAGCUGUUCAUCUUCCUGCCGCUCGUGCUGAUCCGGAACCUCGCGAAGCUGAGCACGACCGCGCUCAUCGCGGACGCGUUCAUCCUCGCAGGCCUGAUAUAUAUCUUCGGGAGCGAGGCGGCGAUCAUGGCGGACCGCGGACAUGCGGAUGUGGCUUACUUCAAUGCGAAGGAUUGGCCCCUCCUGAUCGGAACGGCGGUGUUCUCUUUCGAGGGUAUCGGCUUGGUCAUCCCGAUCACUGACGCAAUGAAGGAGCCUCGCAAGUUCCCUAAGGUCCUCACAGGGGUCAUGCUGUUCCUCAUGGUCCUCUUCUGUGGUGGCGGUGUCAUGUCCUACCUCACCUUCGGCUCUGACGUGCAGACCGUCGUCAUCGUCAACCUCGACGCGACGAGCAAGUUCACGCAGGCCGUCCAGUUCCUCUACUCGCUCGCGAUCAUGCUCUCCGUGCCGCUGCAGCUCUUCCCCGCCGUGCGGAUCAUGGAGAACGGCCUGUUCGAGCGCAGCGGCAAGGCGGACGCGCGCGUCAAGUGGACGAAGAACUGCUUCCGGUUCAUCACGGUCGUCUUCUGCUGCGCGCUCAGCUGGGCGGGUGCGAGUGAUCUGGAUAAAUUCGUGUCGUUCGUCGGUAGCUUCGCUUGUGUUCCGCUCUGCUACGUCUAUCCGGCGCUGCUGCACUACAAGGCCUGUGCCCACACGCGCAGGCAGAAGAUUGCGGACAUUGCUUUGAUGAUCUUUGGCAUGGUCGCCGCCACUUACACUACUAUCCAGACUGUUCGCCUCAUGGUCGAGCCGGCUCCCGCUGUGCCACCCACGUUGGGAAACUGCGAGAUCCCUGACGGCCUAUUCACCGGAGGCAACUGA